GUGCAUAAGUAGUCCAAACAUCAAUUAAAGAAUCCUAUUCAUUGUAGUUUAUGAUGUGAUAUUUUAUGGCCAUUAUUUUUGUGGUCUGACUGGAGAUGUAGGCUAUUCUUUUAGUGCUCAACGCGCGCGUGAUUUCGACACCGGUCCGUAUCCAUCUCAAGCACGCGCCUUCUCUCGCGAUUUUCUCCACUCCCUGGCACGCUUGCUUGAGCGUGUAGCCUGGGAAUUGGUGCUUCCACUGAGAAGCCACUGAUUCAACGAUCACAACCGAGACCGGCUGUUAGAGCAACCACACCUUGACUGCGUAUAGGCUAUUGCGUUUUUCAGUCCCCAACCAAGACUACUGCAGCCCAAGGACCUACAACGAAACCUUCGAAUGCAUCUGCUGGAAUAAUAUUUGCGUCUGCUACCUGUUCCAUCGAAGAAAGUUCGGUGUUACGCGAGAGAUAUUAACGUUACAUUUUGGGGGCCAGUAUAGGUUAUUGGAGCUGUAACAGUAAGUCAGCCUUAAACAGGUUUGAGGAUCUCAUCAUCCUCGAAAGCAGUUAUUUUGGGUAUGUUUCUAGCCUACGGAAACGGACACCCGUUCAGAUUUUAAUCAUUUUCGAUUUUUGAAUUAUCAAGUCUAAGGUAUUUAUUACUCUGCUCUACCUACGAGGGAGAGGAUGGGGACGCUGCGUGUGUAGAAUUGAUAAACAAAGGAGAACACUCAACAGCCAAGGAACAUCAAUAAGACAGGAAUGCCCCAAACUGCCUGCCCCAGCACUAUGUUUGCUCCCAGUGGCAUGGGCCCCCCUUUGGCCUCCGGAGAGGAGCCCCCUCAGGAGGGUCCUGGCCCAGGGACUGGAUUUAGCGAGAGCCCCCCCAUCUCCUCCGCCUCCCUGGACACGCUCAUACAGCACCUGGUGCCUACCACAGACUACUACCCGGAGAAAGCGUACGUGUUCACAUUCCUGCUCAGUUCACGCCUCUUCAUCCCCCCCCACGAGCUGCUGGCACGGGUCUGCCAACUCUGCAUCCAGCAGCAGCACCUGGAACAGAUGCCCCUGGACGCGGCCAAGGUGAAGAAGUUUGGUCCCAAAAUCCUGCAGCUGUUGACCGAGUGGGCCGAGACCUUCCCGUCCGAUUUCCGGGAGGAGAAGAUGGUGGCCCAGCUGAAGGACCUGGUCCACAGGAUAGCCCCGUGUGAUGAGGCUUACAGGAAGAAGCUGAACCAGGUGCUCCAGAAUCUCAAUGCCAAGCUGGCAGCCAUGGCCCAGGGGGACGAGGGCAUCGUCAAGGUCACGACCUCUGUCUCCGACAAACUGGUGGCCUUCAAGACCAAGCCUGCGCCCCUCCAGAAGGACAUGAUCAGCAUCUGCAACGACCCUUUCACGCUGGCCCAGCAGCUCACACACAUCGAGCUGGAGCAUUUGAGGCACAUUGGACCUGAAGAAUUUGUCCAGGCUUUUGUACAGAAAGACCCCCUGGACACCACCAAGCCUUGCUUCAGCGAGCAGAGUAAAUCAACCACCAACCUUGAAGCAUAUGUGCGCUGGUUCAACAGGCUGUGCUACCUGGUGGCCACAGAGAUCUGCAUGCCUGCCAAGAAGAAGCAGCGUGCCCUAGUGAUUGAGUUCUUCAUUGAUGUGGCUCGGGAGUGCUUCAACAUUGGGAAUUUUAAUUCCCUCAUGGCUAUCAUAUCUGGCAUGAACAUGAGUCCAGUAUCUCGUCUGAAGAAGACAUGGGCCAAAGCCAAGACAGCAAAGUUCUUCAUACUUGAGCAUCAGAUGGACCCCACUGGGAACUUCUACAACUACAGGACUGCCCUGAGAGGAGCCGCUCACCGCUCACACACAGCUCACAGCAACAGGGAGAAGAUCGUCAUUCCUUUCUUCAGCCUUCUCAUCAAGGAUAUCUACUUCCUGAAUGAGAGCUGUUCCAAUCGUUUGCCCAAUGGGCAUGUCAAUUUUGAGAAAUUUGUGGAGCUGGCCAGACAGGUGGGAGAGUUCAUGGCUUGGAAGCAGAUGGAGUGUCCCUAUGAGGAAGAGCGCAGCAUCCUGCACUAUCUCCACACAGCGCCCAUCUUCAACGAAGACGGGCUUUAUCUGGCAUCCUAUGAGAGUGAAAGCCCAGAGAAUCAAGUGGAGAAGGACCGCUGGAAAGCUCUCAGGUCCUCCAUUCUUGGGAAGACUUGAGGAAGAUCUGGCAGCUAACGUUCAUGUGUAAUCUGGAGAGAGUAUUUAUUGCAC